AAGGCUUUAAGGAACGGGGAGUGCUCAGAGCCUUCGGACAAGCCGGAGCAGCGCCUGGGGAUGAAGAGGAAAAACAACAAAAAGAACAGAAAUAGGAAGAAGAGCAACGCGGCGCCUUCCAGACAGUGGAAAGUGGGUGACAGCUGCAACGCUGUGUGGUCCGCGGAUGGUAACGUGUACCUGGCAACUAUUGCCUCCAUCAACCAGAAGAGAGGCACGUGUGUGGUGACUUACAUGGGAUAUGGAAAUCAGGAGGAGCAGAACCUGUCUGAUCUACUUCCUCCAGACAGCGAUGAAACAGUAAAUGGCAUGGGGAGUUCUGGGGAGAAUGAAAAUGAGACUCCGUAUUCAACAGAUGAAAGUGAAAAAUCUUCCCAGUCACCUCAAAACAAAAGCAACUGCACGAAAACGAGAUACUCCCCUCAAAACCUACGUUUUCCCACUCCACCAGCAGCCCCAGGCCUGGGAAGGCCUGGAUCGAAAUUUAGGACACCUCCAUCGUUGCUGUCUUGCUGGCCUCCACCCUUCCCAGCAGGACCACCGCUGAUUCCCCCUCCACCACCUAUGAUGCCAGACUCUCCUGAGGAUGAUGAAGCUUUGGGAAGCAUGUUGAUAGCCUGGUACAUGAGCGGUUACCACACUGGGUACUACCUGGGUUUGAAACAAAGUCGAAUGGAAGCAGCAGUGGAGAGAGAAACACAUGCAAAAUAA